AUGUCAUCUCCCCCCAAGUACACUGAUGAUGCUCAAGCUGGACCACUUCCUGCCAAGAAGACAUACGGAACCACAAACACCAACGAUGAUGCUAGUGUACCACUCCUUGCCGCUCAAGCUGGAAGCUCAGCACAAGCCGGCGCUGUGAGAAAUGCGUGGAUGGAUGAAGGCUCGCCUGACGAUCUUCCAGAUGACUUCAAAGUAGGAGUCAAUGUUAUCGAUUGCGACUCAAAUAUCAGGAUGGCUUUUAUUCGAAAAGUUUAUUCCAUAUUAUUCGUUCAACUGCUUUUGACUUCCGUUGUUUCUCUCGGAAUGUCUUAUCCUACUGUAUCGGAUUUCACCAAGCAGAAUAGUUGGAUCAUUUGGAUCCCACUCAUCGGUAGUAUGGUAUCUCUCUUCAUGGUCUACUGGAAACGUCAUCAUCACCCUGCCAAUCUGAUCUUGCUGGGUAUAUUCACUUUAUUCGAGGCUAUGUCAAUUGGAUUCGUCACUAGUAUGGUUGAGGGCAGGAUUGUCCUUCAAGCACUUUUCCUUACCUUGGGUGUAUUCGCCGGUUUGACUUUGUUUACGUUCCAAACCAAGUUUGAUUUCUCUUCGCUGGCCCCAUUCCUGUUUGUCGGUAUCUGGGGUUUGAUUACCGCUUCUCUCGUACAAAUCUUCCUCCCUUUCAACGCCAAUGUCGAUCUUGGAAUUGCCUGUUUCUCAACGCUUCUGUUCGCCGGAUUCGUCCUUUAUGAUACUCAACAAAUCAUGAAGAGACUUUCAGUUGACGAAGCGAUUUUGGGAGCUUUGACUUUGUAUUUGGACUUCUUGAACUUAUUCUUAAGUAUCCUCCGAAUCCUCAACAAUCAAAACAACCGAUGA